AUGGGAGAUAGUACUAUUCGAGUUCAACCUUUCCCCAGUGUUGCCAUCCAGAUUACAGGGCCUUCCGAUAUCGAUAUCUUAGAAGGAAAUGACGCUACAUUGGAAUGUGUUAUCACUGGACUCUCAUCUCCUAAUGCUGUAUCUUGGUCAAUAGUCGGUAGUCCUAAUCUGAGGAUAUUUACAGUAUAUCCUAACGGGAUGGUGGCACAUGCUGCUGAUUAUGAUGCAAAUAAACAUUCUGAUUGGAGUAUAGACCAGUCACGUACUAAUCACUAUGAUCUGAUAAUACCAGAUGUCAAUAUUGAUGAUGAUGGAAUCUAUGAUUGUGGGUUGAAUAUAGACACACCAGGAACAAUAGCAAGCCAUUAUGGAACAUUGUCUGUUACAGUGCCAGUGACAUCAGUGAGUAUUGAUGGAUAUUCUACUGGAACCACAGUUUAUAUCAUACAUGGAUCCGAGUCCUCAUUUACAUGUAGAGUUAUAGGCACCAAACCAUCAGCUGAUAUAGACUGGUUUAUAGGAACACAAUUAUAUCAGGGCACACUAAGUGUUGAGAAUGACGGUAAACUACGUGAUACAACAAGUGUGUUUACAUUUACACCAAACCUGGACAAUGAUGAUGAUAAACAACUACAGUGUAAAGCUAGUAAUACCGAUGAAAGGUCACCAGUAACGACAUAUGUCACGUUAUAUGUAAAAGUUGCUAUACCUUCUAAUCCUAUGAUAUCUGAUGCCAGUUCAGACUAUAGUACUGGUUCUACUGUUAUUGUUACAUCUGGUAAUUCCUAUACGUUUACAUGUACUGCUGGUGAAUCUAGACCUGAACCAACUAUAACAUGGUAUUUAGGAAGUACUGAAAAGACUGGGAAUCAACCCAGUGUAAUACCAAAUGGGAAGCUGUCAACAACAGUCAGGUCAUUGACCUUUACUCCUCAGUGGACUGAUCAUGAUGAGCAAUUACAAUGUAGAGCUGAAAAUGACGUCACACCUCAAUAUAAACAAACGCAUAUUAUGCUUGAUGUUUAUGUGGGUCCUACAAUACCUACAAUAAGUGGAUCCAAUGCCAUAACAGCUGGUACAAGUGCUACAUUUACAUGUUUUACUACAUCAAGACCAGAAUCUAUAUUGACAUGGUAUAUCAAUAAUACACCACAGUCAAUAAACAACAAUACACCACAGAACAACAAUGGGUUGAUAAUUGCCAGCAGUGAUCUGAUGUUUACAUCUAAUUUGGACAACCACAAUGGAAAGAAUUUGAAAUGUAAAGCUGACAAUGAGGCAGAUACAUCAGCAAAAGAAAAGGAAAUAACAUUGGAAGUACAAGUGAUCCCGUCCAACAUAGAAAUAUCGUCAGUAUCUACUGGUAAACUUAUUGUAUAUAAUAAUAUAGAGUCAACAAUCACAUGUACAUCUAUUGGUGGUAAACCAGCAGCUACUAUACAAUGGUAUAUCAAUAACAGCCCAGCUACACAUGAUAAUGUACAGACACCAGACAACCAACAAGAUAAUAGAUUAAAAGAUACCAUAAGUACACUUGUAUUGACACCAAUUUAUACAGAACAUCACAACAAAACAUUGAAAUGUGAGGCAACAAAUGAUGCUACAGACAGAGAUCAACCAAUCAAUGAACAAGUCUUAUUAGAUGUGUGGAUUUCUCCAGAUCAAGUGAACAUUGAUGGCUAUUCUACAAAUGACAAUGUCACAAUGAGAGCAGGUGUAGAAUAUCAACUAGACUGUACUGCUAGUAAAGCACAUCCACCUGCUAGUAUAGAGUGGUAUAAGGACGAUGUUGAUAUUACAACUGGUAGCAAUAGCAGAAUAGUAUGGGAUCAUGAUGGUAAAAUGGACACAAUAAGUAGAUUAUCAAUUACACCAAUAAAAGAAGAUUUUGGAAAAAGAAUCGGAUGUGAAAAAGCACCAAUCAGCAAUGAGUACUCACCUGAAAACGUUCCAACCAAUCCUGGUGUUUACAUUGGCCCUUUGGUUGGAAUAGUUGCCGUAAUUGCAUUGGUCACUGCAGCGGGUGUAAUAUUCAUGAGAAGAAGGGGUAAACAAAACAAAGACACGACAUUAGAAGAACGACAGGACCAUGAAUUGCCGGAGAGAACAUCAACAGGUAAAUUAGAAAUCAAGAGGUUAUUACAUAACUAUCUGCAUUAA